GACGUUUUAAAAUGUUGACGUUUCCAAUUUCGUACAAAAAUCAAAAAGACACGUCAACUCGUCGCAUCAUGAAGGGAUUUUUCUGUCUAUUUUUCGCAAUUUUUGUGUGUUUUUCCCAAGCAUGGGCCACGCAAGACACUCUCGUGCUCCUCGAUAAUCUCGCCAUCAAAGAGACUCAUUCGAUUUUCUUCAAAAACUUGCAAGAACGUGGCUACAAAUUGACUUACAAACUCGCUGACGAUGCCAAUUUAGUUCUUUCCAAAUACGGGGAAUAUUUGUACAAAAAUCUGAUCGUUUUUGCUCCGAGCGUUGAGGAAUUCGGCGGCGCCUUAUCCGUGGAAGCCAUCACGGAUUUCAUCGAUAAUGGCGGAAAUGUUCUCGUUGCUGGCAGCACAAGUACCGGCAAUGCCUUGCGUGAAUUGGCGUCGGAAUGUGGCUUCGAAUUGGACGAAGAGAAUGCCGCGGUAAUCGAUCAUCUCAAUUAUGACGUCAGCGAUGCCGGAGAUCACACGAAAAUCGUUGCGGAAAGUUCGAGUUUGAUAGAUUCGCAAAUAAUUGUCGGCGAUCGCACCAAAGUUGACCCUUUGUUGUAUCGCGGCACCGGAAUUUUAGCUGAUAAGGAAAAUCCGUUGAUUUUGCAAGUUCUUACGGCUGAAAGUACCGCUUAUAGUUACGUACCUGAUGCUCCGAUCAAAGAAUAUCCGCAUGCAGUUGGCAAAGGAACACUUUUGAUUGCCGCCCUUCAAGCCCGGAACAAUGCUCGUGUCGUUUUUUCGGGUUCCCUCUACUUUUUCAGUGACGAAGCCUUCACAUCUGCCGUCCGUAAAGCCACAACUUUGACAAAUCACAAGCAAUCCGGUAACUUGGCAGUCUCUGUGGCCCUCAGCAAAUGGGUUUUCGGCGAAACAGGUCAUAUUCGCGUCGCAUCCGUCGAACAUCACAAGGAAGGAGAGAAAAAACCACCAGCGGCAUACACCAUCAUGGAACCCGUUGUCUAUACAAUCGCCAUCGAAAUCUUGGAAAACGGAAAAUGGAAGCCAUUCGAGGCGAAAGACAUCCAACUUGAGUUCGUCCGCAUCGAUCCCUUCGUUCGCACAACCCUCAAAUCCGUUGGCGGCGGAAAAUAUCAAGCAAAAUUCAAAAUUCCCGAUGUUUACGGCGUUUAUCAGUUCAAAGUGUUGUACGAACGCAUGGGUUUGAGUUACUUGUACAGCACGACGCAAGUUUCGGUGCGUCCCUUGGAACAUACGCAAUACGAGAGAUUCAUUCCGAGCGCUUAUCCGUACUACGUGAGUGCAUUUUCGAUGAUGCUCGGCGUCUUUUUGUUCUCAUUUGUCUUCUUGCACUUCAAAGAGGAACCGGCAAAAGUCGAUUCAAAGAAAACUAACUAA